AUGCCAAGAGUUGCAGCAACAAUCAACAAAGCAAAGUGCUUGACUGUUUUUCUAUAUGCCCAUACUAGAGUUUUAGACCUAAUGAGGAAGUUUAUUUCUAGAGAUUUGGUAAGGUGUGGUGUUACAAGGUUUGCAACAGCUUAUCUCAACUUGAAGAGCUUGCUAGAAAACAAGAAUGAAUUGCAGAGGCUUUUUAGGGAUGAUGAGCUCAAUGAACUCGGUUACCUAAAAAGUGCCAAAGGGAAGAAAGCAAACAAUGUAGUCAAAUCUGAAAGUUUCUGGAAAGGAGUUGAGACUGCUGUUCAUUACUUUGAGCCAUUAGCUAUUGUGCUGAGGAGAAUGGAUAGUGAUGUUCCAGCCAUGGGGUUCUUGUAUGGUUAUCUAGUAGAAGCUAAGAAUGAGAUCUCUAGGAGGUUUAACAAUGACAGGAGCAAGUUUGAGGAUGUUUUUCACAUCAUUGACAAAAGGUGGGACAGUAAGCUAAAGACACCUUUACAUAGGGCUGGUUACUACUUGAACCCUUUCUAUUAUUAUCAAAACAAGUUGGCUAUGGAGGAGAAUGAAUCAUUUAGAGAUGGUGUAAUCACUUGCAUUACCAAGCUUGUUCCAUAUGAAGAGACUCAAGACAAGAUUAUUGAAGAGCUUCAACUGUUUCAGGAUGCUGAAGGAUCCUUUGGCAAAGAAAUUGCUAAAAGGCAGUUGAAAAACAUCAAUUUUGAUCCAGCUAAAUGGUGGCUGAAUCAUGGAACUAGUGCACCAAACCUCAGAAAGUUAGCUGGUAGAAUUCUAAGUUUGACAUGUAGUUCAUCAGCUUGUGAAAGAUGCUGGAGUUCAUAUGAACAAGUCCACACAAAGAGACGCAACAGGCUUCUUCAUGACAGAAUGAGGGAUCUUGUUUUUGUCAAGUUCAACUCAAAACUGAGGCAAAAGAAGGAAAACAAGGAUAGAGAUCCCAUUGUGAAACCUGUCCAUGAUGCUUUAGAAGAUGAAGAUAACGAGUGGAUCACUGGCAUUGAGCCAACAGAAGGAGAUUUAGAGCAUGAAGAAGAAACUAGAGCAUUAUCACAAGGAGUUGCAGCUGCACCUCAAGGAGUAGAAAGAACUAAGAGAACCGUAAAGAGCAAAAAGAGAAAGCGGUUGAUCCCUACAUUUGAGCAUGAGGAGUCAUCUCCAUCUUCUAAUGGAGAAGAUGAUAAUGAUAUUGAUAUGCUAUCUGGUUCUGGUUCUGAGGAUGUAGUUGUUGAACCAUACAGUCCUUACUAG